GCUGAGAGUGAGUUAACGCUUUUACUAUUGGACUUUACAUAUUGAAGGCAGACGACUGUCGAAGAGAAUUCUUUGGCGUCUGUGAAAUUGAAUCUGCAUCUUUCCGAGUACUGUCAAUACUUUCGCUUCAAGAACAAGUGGAGUUAUUUCUCUUUCUCUUAUUACCAUUUGAAAUCGUAAAGGGAUACACAACGGAUAAUGAAGGAGAUAUCAAUCACUUUUCCGAUCCACCAGGUUCUCCUCGGCGGAAUCCAUAAUAAUGUUUACAACUUCGUCUGGAGCCAGAAAGUCUGCCGACAUCAGAAUGGACUAGCCGUUUUUCCCUCAUAUUGCCGAUUGCUCUAUCCAUUUUACACGUUUCUCCCCUAAAUUCCUAUGCCUUAUUUUAUGCAUAGAUCCGAAAUCAUUACGAAUGGUUGACAUAGAAAGGGUCUGUAGUGCUUACAAGUUUGGCUGGUUCAUCAUCAUGUUUAUCAACUUUUUCUUUGGAAUAUCUGGAAUGACAAUUUGCAGUUUGAAGCUGAAAUAUGCGGAGAAUAGCGAUACUAGAAAUGGAUUUUUCAAAAUAUCGAUGAUAUUCGCAUCGAGCAACCUUACCCUAAGUAUUUUCUUACUUAUAGCAAUAAUAAAGAAUAGUCACAAAUAUGCAUUUCUGUAUGCGCUCCUGAGUUUCAUAAAUCUAUUCACUGCAGUUAUUUAUAUUGAAAGUAGUACAACGGCAGAUUCAACAUUCUUACUUGUCUUCUCUGUUUUCGCUUCACUCUGGCUCCUGUGGUUUUUAAUCUACGGCGCAUAUCAGUUCUUCAUCAAGAAUACAUUGGAAAGCGAUUCUAGCUACUUCACCCCCGUUGGGGUUAGUGUUUGAACGAAUAGAAGAUCGUUUCAUUCCAGCAGCAAAAACAAUGGAAACCAAAAAUUGCAACGAAUCAAGAAAACUUCGAAUAGUUAUCAGAUGUUUAUCAGAUUUUUUUGAAUAAAUAUGAACAGAACAAAUAAAAAAUUAACGAAUU